AUGGACGACACAUUCGAGCUCUAUGAUCUUCGGGUCGAAGUUAUUUGCCCACCAGGAGCCAAAAUCAUGUGUGGCGCUAAAGAGGGUGACCACUUCACGCUCGAAGGAGAGUUGAUGUGUCUGCCACCUGGGCAAGGUUUUUCCAUAUACUCUCUCGGUGCAGUAUUACCUUUGCUGGCGGCGAAACAGCGAGUAACGCAGCCGAACGACUGGAUGACGACAGAUGCAGAGGUAGCGUGUCCGGAUCCGAACUGUCCGUCUAAGUUGAGAAUCGUGAGGACUGGGGUGAGGACAUUCAAGCACGGAGAGACGACCGUCGUUCCCCUUCCAGCGAAAGCAUGA